CGCCCCUCGCCCCGCCCGGCGCCAGUCCGCGACCGAGCGCGACCGCGUGCGUACCGCGCCACACAUCAACAACAUUGUAAUGUGUUCACAAAAGAAUCAGCUUAACAAACAGACUUAAUUCUAACAACGGUUAACAUCAAAAACCCUUUUUAAAAAUGUAAAGGUAAUUUAGAAUCUCCACCCAAUUAAACUGCUUUCUUUCAUUACAACUCCAAAAGUUAAUCUCAAGUUACAUUGACAUAGUGUAUUUUAGGAAUUUUAAUCAAAAAACCGGUAAAUCUGUGUUGUGAAUAGUUGUGUGCAUCUCUAAGACGGUUGUUCCAUAUCCAGUUGUUAUCGAUUUUUGGCGUCACUGGCCCCGAACAGCUGUUUUGGGGAUACGGAAGCGAAUUGUCUGUGGUAGCUGCACUUUUUCUCAAAAACACCUCUUAAUUAAAGAGUGUUUAAGUUUAUUUAUUAAAUUUCUAGGAAGAUUAGUUCCGUACAGUAAAAUUUAAAACUGAAAUAUUCGAUUAUGAUGUGCAACAGUGCAUGUGCAUGAUGGAUUUCGUGGAAUAAAAAAUUCAUAAUACAUUUUGACAAUUGUGGCAGUGUUGUGUACAGUUCAUGUGAUUACAUAAAAAAAAACAAAUAAAAAAGUGUCAACAAGUGCUAACGUGUGCUUGUGUUUUUGAAUGGUUUUUGAUCAAAAUUCAGUGUAAAACAGUGUUUACCGAUUUGGAUUUCAAACGUGGAUGUGGAUUGUGCCCUGACAACAAGGUGGUGAGGUGUAUCGCUCGGAGCUAUGCUGGGCGGGGCGGCGGGGGGCGCCCGCACCCGCCCGCCCUCUGACCUUCAGCCAGGUGUACCCCGGUUUCCGCUGUACUCGCUGUUUCCGCAGGGCAACCGACCCACGCUGCACAAAGUGACCACGGAGAGUCUGUUCUCGACAUCGCUGUCUACAUUCGGUGUGCCCACGCCCCCUCCAAAUUCCCCCCUACUGGAAUUGAGCUCGAGGUUAUUGCUGGACAAGGAUCCGAAUAAAAUGGAAGACAGCAAGCUCGGGAAAUGUAUUCCUGACAACCUUUGCUGUCCUGGUGAUCAACGUCAGCUGCUAGAAGGAAUGAACGUCAUGCAGCCUUUGACUAUAAAGACGGAGCAGGCGAAACGGGCCUGUAAUACGUGCCUCACUAAUUCUCCAAAAAAGAUGGUUCACUCGGACGGCGGCUGCAGCCGCACCAACCCCGUCACCUGGCUGGGCGUGGCCGGGCAGAACGUGCAAGUGCAAGUGAAGCGCGAGCCCCAACACAUGCUGUCUGAACUGGUGGCUGUCAAGUUGGAGCAGGCCUCGCCUGGCACCAAGCCGGAGCCGGCUAUACCCGCGUCACUUAAUAACGGUUCGAUUCCCGUCGGCAUCGCGGUGGCGCGGCAGCGAGUCGGCGACGCGGGCCUCCUAGCAGCUCUUUCGCAAAAAGACGCACAGCAACGCUUGCACGACCUCGGGCCUGCGUCAUUCUGUCAUCCGGACGGCGCGGCGGCCAUGACGGUGCUGUGCGACGACCGGUCCGCCCCGCUGGCGUGGCCGGCCCCGCCCGCGCCGCCGUCCGCGCCCCUCUGGCAGUACCCCGCCCAAAUGUCGAUGGAGAGCAUGGUGAUGGGCGGCGUGGGCGUGGGCGGUGUGGGCUCCGUGGGCGGCGGCGUCUCCUCCAUGGGCGGCUUCCAGCUCGUGCGCGAACCUGCGUCCGGGGCCCUCUUACUCCUGCCCGCCCCUCCAGACCUACCCCACACCGUCGUCUGGGGCGGCGUGCCUUAUCCUUCCACCCCCUUGUUACUUCCUCCAGCUCCUCAUCCUUCACAUCACCUCCAGCUACUCUCUGGUGAUCUCCUCGCUUCCACAGCCACCUUACAACACACACAUACGCAUUCGACAAGGCUGGUGACAUUAGCACCGGCCCCAGCUCAACACAAGCCAGACAACAGGAAACCUAUCAUGCAACCUCUUAUAACCCCUCACGCUUUAAUAAAGAUAGAAGCCGAACCGCAGGAAAAACCGCCACCAACUUUCGCUCCGGAACCCGUACCACAACCGAUGUUAGCAACGCAUUUGUAUUACCAGCCGGAUUUCACUGAACAGGCUUGCAGAAGCCAAGCGACGUCGCCGGCCGCACCGCCUACACCGCCUCCUGAUAACCACGAGGCUCCAGCACAUAAAGACGCCUCUAAUCAAACGGAUCAUAUUGAUGAUGAUGAUGAUUCUCCUAAUCAUGCUGAUGAGGAUGAAAGAGACGUCGCUUGUGUCGGUGUCGCUCAUUUCCCUGAAGAAACACCGUUACACAUGCCAAUACUUCAGCCUUCAAGGAUAGACAGCGCCGAGGAAUCAUCCUCUGAAGCUUUAGCAACUUCUGCUGUAGUUGGGGCGGUAGAGAAAGCAAUACAUGCUAUUGAAAGAGAUGAAGCGUUAGAAAAUAGCUCCAGCAGCAGCACUUCUAACGAUUUAGUUAUCGAUACAGCCAGUACAUCGCCCGUUCCACCACAACCGGCUAGGUCCGUGGUUGAUGUUAGCGGCUUAGAGUUACUGUCGAAUAGCAUCGAGCAGUUUGAGAGAACUACUCCUGCAAGUAUGCCGAGUUUAGACCCGGUGCCUUUGACAGUCGACACUAGGACGACAACAAAUAUUAUGAUUAAAUCAAGCCCUAAAUCGCCGCCACGCACAGAUGCGGAACCUCAAAGGAGAUUCGAGUUUCCUCCAGCGGAAGCGAGCACAAGCGAGCGAGCGAAGCCAUCGUUAGACGGACUGGGUCUGCUGUGUGCUCUCGCUGAACAAAGAUUCAUGGAGGAGGUCGAAAGCCCUCCUACUAAUCUGUCCACGUCUUCCCGUCCAUUUAUCAAAAGCGAGAUCCUCAGCCCAACGGAACCUCAUGUACCGACUGAGUCCAAGAAAGACCAGAGCCGAAGGGAUUCGUCAGCGGAACGGCGGAGGAAACGCAGCCGCGAUCGGGAGGAGCGCCAUCGCCAUAAGAUAGACAAGAUACGUCGCUAUAAGAGAGAGAAAGAUGAAACUAGGACUAGUGGAGGAGAGUUAGAGGCUAGUUUAAGACGCGUUACAGCCUGUCCAUGUGGCAGCUCGCCCUGUUCGCACACAGCGACCGUACCUUCAGCGCACGCUCUUGUCAACGCCAUGGAAAAAGACCUGCGCGAAAGAUUACAUGAGCUUCAACGCCAAUGUGACGAGAAGCGAGCCCAACUCAGCGCAAUGACACCUCCCUUACCCGCCCUACCCGCUUUAUCCACCCCUUCUACUCCUUCCACGCCUUCACCCCUGGGAGCUCCAUCCCCAGACUCUGACAGAGGUUCGUCUAAAAAGCGCAAAGUGGGCCGCCCCCGUAAAGUAUCAAGCCCAGACUCCACCGAAACCAUUGUUGCCAAAAAACCCAAAUCUAAGAGCAGUCUAGUCGGCUACUUACUAGCCAAAGGCAAACUGAAAGGCGGCAUAGUGUGUUCUAGAGGAGAACCUUCCAGGGAGGAAAGCCGGACAAGCAAAGUUCGUCCAAAAUUGAAAGCGGAACCGAUUUUGAAAGUGUACUCCGAAGAGGAAGAAACCGAAUGGGGUCUGAAUAGAUCAGCAAGCUCAUCCAUGGAGAGUUUAAACGAAGUUCGACAGAAAAAUAGAGAAAAGGUUGAUAAAUUAGUCCGGAAGCAUUCAAGAGAUGAUAUGCCUGAGUUGGAAUUCGCUAUGCGUCGCGCAAGUGCUUCCAGUGAUAGUGAAAAAGAGCGUCGACGUGCAAAGAAGCGACGAAAGAGUUUGAAGUCGAAAGAGCGUGAGGAAGCUAAGGAACCAGUUACUGAAUCGAAACCCGCUCCUGUAUCAAAGUGUACGCUAACUGAGGAUAAGUUGGACAGUAAUCCACGGGUGCUCACGGCUAUGGGAGGGCUGUUCUAUGCGGGGAAACUGAGCGCCGUGACGGCCCCUGAUGUAUACGCCAUUACCCUCGAUGGGGAGAGAGGGAACAAACCGCAUAUACUGUCUAGGGAGGAGACGCUAAGAGAUGCUAUCCUGGAAGUAUCUCCAUCAUCAGUCUCCGAGCUGGCGUCCGGCACACGAGUGUGCGCCUACUGGUCCCAGCAAUACCGGUGCUUAUACCCUGGCACUGUCGCCAUGUCGUCUCCAGACCCUCACCUGGACAAGUUCGUGGCUGUUGAGUUCGAUGAUGGGGAUUCAGGACGAAUUGCUAUUGAAGAUAUAAGGUUCUUGGAGCCUAACUAUCCAGUUGUUGUAUACGAAAACCCACUAUUCACGCUCGGGAAGCGAAGAAGAAAUACAAGCGCAAAUAGCACCGAAGAUAAGAAACCUCCCACCACCAGCACAGACAAACCUGCGGAACCCACACAACAGGAAGAGGAAGACAGGAGGGACAGGAAGAAGCUGAAGAAACACAGGAAAGAGAAACUCAAACGCCUUUCAGAAGACGACCCGACUGCAGAUUACGUCAAAAAGAAGAAAAAGAAACACAAGUGCUGCGAAGAACAUUGUAAACAUAGAAAACACCACAAGAAACACCACAGAAAACACAGAAAGAGACAUCAUUCUGACAGUAAAGAGAGUUCAUCUGGUGACGAUCAGAAUAAGAAAUCAUCGUCAGAUUAUUCCAAAUCUAAUGAAGAUUCAGGGGAUUCCAACGACAGAUUGUCCACUUUAAUAGCAAUGGAGAAAUCGCCGGAUGAUAAGAUGAAGACGGUGAUCAAGAAAGCGGUGUUGACGAAGAAUCCUCUGGUGAAGACGGCGGUGCUAGACUUCAGUAACCUGGGGAAGGUGGUGGUCAAGAAAGACGAGAAGGAUAACUUGAAGGACAGCGGGAUUGGGCUGGAGGAGGAACCGGCGGCUUCCACUAGCGAUGUUGCUAAGAAGAAGAGCAAAAAGCGCACAGUGUCAGGCGCAUCGUGCGGCUCAGAAGGUGGAGGUGGCGGCGGCGGCGUGAGCAAGAUGGCCGCCUUCCUGCCCGGCGCCGCGCUGUGGCGCUGGCGCGGCGCGCCCUACCGCCGCACCGCGCGCCCGCGGCACAGGAAGCUGUUCUACCGCGCCAUCGCCAGGGGGGAGGAGAUCCUCAACGUCGGCGAGGCGGCAGUGUUCCUGUCGACGGGCAGACCGGAUCGCCCGUACAUUGGGCGGAUCGAGGCGCUCUGGGAGGCCCGAGGAGCUAUGGCGGUGCGAGUGCGCUGGUUCUACCAUCCCGAGGAGACUACGGGAUGCCAACCUUUGCACUACCCGGGCGGCCUAUUCGAGUCCCCUCACACGGACGAGAACGACGUCCAGACCAUCUCGCACAAGUGCGAGGUGCUGCCGCUCGCGCAGUACAAGGCUCGCAUGGGCGACGACCCGGCGCGUUACUCCAGCGUCUACGACAACAACGACGUCUACUAUCUAGCUGGACAUUACGAUCCCACGCAACAGACCUUGAAUAUGGAGGCAGAUAUACCCGUUAAAAGUGCUUAGAUCGAUUUAGAGUCAAAUAUCGAGAUAUAUUGAUAGUGAAAUGGCUAAGAUUUGAGGGUGCGUUAAAAACUAGGCGAUUCCAAUUAUGUCGCUUAUCUAAUAAUACCGCUAAACACGUGCAAUUUUAAAUUGUAUUAAAAUAAAUUUUACCUACUACUCAGCCUAAGUCAAAAAUCAUGAGAACCAUUACAAGACUGACAGACGAAUGAUGUCAAAAUGAUCGCUCUUAAGAAGACCGCCUGUUGUUACCUCUAUCCAAUUAUUUUUAUUUGUUCCUUUAUUUGCUUUGUAAACUGUGUGCAAAACUGUGCGCUCUACUCAUUUUGUAACGACGUCCAGACCAUCUCGCACAAUGCUCGCUUCUCGCAUAGUACAAGACUCGGAUGGGCAAAGGCCCGAAUUUUUUAUUCUUGUCAAAUGAAUGAAUCUUUCCAAAGUUUGCUACAUAACAAACAAAAAUAAUUGCAGAGUGUAAAGUGGUUUUUGAAAACAUUAUGACAGAAUUCUUUAUUUGAACCUUUAUUAGCUAAUCCAUGUUCCUUUAAUACCUACCUAUUGCACUCGAAUGGUGUUGUUAGAUAACCGACGAUUGAUUGAAGAAAUGCCUAAAUGCUGCGAGUCUAGCCUUUCAGACAAACCAACUAUUUGACCUUGAGCGUAACAUCUAUUCUGAACGAAUGGGAAAGCGCUUAAUACCAGUUCGUUGACCUUUCGAUUCGUUGGCGCUAUUUGGACGUCAAGAACAUUUUGACAACUCCUAAGCGGCGAUGGUCUCCUAGUACCGGUACCAACUGUAUAACGGUUCAAAACCAGUGAACGAGGUCAAACGGAAACAAUGAAGCUCUUUGGCGACUCUGUUGCCUUGAUAACGAUUUUAACAAAAAUGAUGGCGAAAGUAAAAAAAAAAAAGUGCGAUGGCACAAUCUUGAUCAGUGAUCAUUUAUUUUGAUUAAACGGGACUUUGGAUGGUAAAUUAAGAUCUUAGUUUAUAUUUAUUGCGUCUAUUGUCUGAUUGCUAGGUAGCAAGAUGCAUAAGAACGGAAAUAACUUUUGUUACGGUGAUAUUUAAAUGAUACCCGUUUAAUUAAAAUAAAGAAUGAGAAUUUUACAAUUUUAAUUAAUAUAAUCAUGAUCAGUGUUUAGAUUUAAUUUCUCCGACGUCACAUUUGUGUUAGCGGUGGUAGUUUUUAAAAUGGAAGUACACAUUUUCUAUAUCUCGAUGUUAGAGUCAGUUUCAGUAGAUCCCCAGUGAAACUCCUGAAACGUUGCACGUAGCUUGAAUGACUAAACAAGUCACUUAUACAGGUCUUAAAGUACAAUCUAGAUUUUUGAGGCUCAAAUUUGUGACAUUUUUUCAGAUUUACCGUCCUCUUUGGAGACGAUCUAUAUAAAGUACGACUCAUGUUAGUUACCCUUGUUACGUUUAUAAUAGUGAUUUUCAAUUCGGAAUGUUUUCCUUGGGCCGAGUGUGAGAGGCGAAUUGAGACAAUAUAGACUUUUUGACGAGUGUUAUUAGGUCGAAAUUGGAGUGACCGAUUUGGUGAUGACGAUAUGUGAUUUAUUUUUUAUACGUGUAACGCUGUAAUCUCAGUGUUUAGAUAGCUGCAUAUGCUAAUAGAUUUUACGUAUUUCUCUCCCGGCGUGUAUCUUUUUAAAUGCAAUACUUUUUCAGCUAGUCCUUUGUUCAAAAUUAACCAGUGUCUAUUUAGUCGCGGUGGGAGGUACUUUGACUCUUUGUUAUAUUGUUUUUCGCUAUUUUAUAUUCUUGUUUAAUAAUUUUAUGUUAUCGAAGUAUACAUUUAUAUCGGAAUGGUGCUAGACGCUUGAUAUAAUUCGGUUAUGUUCGCGGUAGUUAAGACUGUAUAUACUUAGAUAAGUUUGGAAAUUAAGUAUACUGUAUUUUCCACAAUUUCGUGAUUGUCGGCUUGCUAUAAAAUUUGCCAUUUUUGUCAAAAUUGACUUUCUAUGUUUUUAUGUAUUUGUAGUAUUUAUGGUAUGAUUUCCACAGGGUAAGCCCUCCUUUGUACCCUUUUAUCAUAUCGAGGACGGUUGAAGGGACUGAGACAGGGAGUAUGGAUCGACCAGGAUAGGUAGGUAGGUAGGUUUUGUACGGAGAGGCCAAACGUUUGUAAGAAAAUGUGGGAAAGGAAUCAGCCUUAAAUGUAAAGUUACUCAGUAGGAUCGUAGAUUAUUGUCCUCUACUUACGGCAUAGCGCCUGUACGUUGUACUUUUCCUUGUCAGAUGUACUUUUAUUUCUAAGUCUACAUUUAAGUUAUUUUAAGGACUUCGUUUCGUUAAAUACAAAAUUAUAUAAAGGAUAAUUGCAACUCUAAAAUUUGACACCUAUAUGUAUAAUAAAGAAAACGAAAAGUGCGAAUUUGGAAACAAUAUUGAGAUAAAUAGUAUUUUUAUAAUAUAAUGACUAUAAUGAGGUAACGUUUUAUUUUAUCUGAAGCAAAGCUAUUAUAAAAUAAGUACAAACUUGUUGAUGAUUUUGUGGCUCGGCCCAGUCACCCACAUGCUCGGCGCGGGACGUUCGCGGCCGGCGCCGCUAGGUGGCGCUGCUACAUUUAUCGUUCUGAUUGCCUAAUGGGAGUGCCAUUGUAUUUCCAAUCUCCUAUUAGUCCAAUGCUAUGCUAUUCUAGUGCCGGCCGUGAACUUUACCAACAUCCCUAAUUAAUUAUUGUAUUCAAAGGGAAGCCAUAAAUAUUACAAUUAAAGAUUAAUAAUAUAUCAGCAUUGAUAAUAUAAAGAUUAUAAAUACGCUUAAAUAAAAUAUUUUUGGCUGA